AAGUCAAAAGAGAAAUUUUUGUUUGAAGAUAUGCCUGAUCCUCCAACAUUGGUCAACACUAUUGUACGGCCUAGUUGUUGUGCAAUUUGUAUUGAAGAGAUAAAAUGCCUGUUGGAUUGA